UUGUGAUGAGAAGAGAGAGAGAGAGAGAGAGAGAAGAGAGCGAAGGAGAGAGCUAACCCGAAGUUGUGGGAGCAGCCCAGCAGCGGCAAAGGAACUAUGUUUAGAAAGUCUCCUCCUCCUCCUUCGGUGUCGCUACAGAAUGUUGACGAAGUGGAGAAAGUUUUCAAACGAUUCGACGCGAAUGGCGACGGCAAGAUCUCCUCCACCGAGCUUCGCGAUGUCUUAGGUGCACUUGGCUCCGACACGUCGCCGGAGGAGAUUCACCGCAUGAUGUCGGAGAUCGAUACUGACGGUGACGGUUUCAUCGAUCUCAAAGAAUUCGCUGAAUUUCAUAAAUCCAACGGUACUGGCAACACAAAGGCGGAGGAUGAGUUAAAGGAGUUGAAGGACGCUUUCAACUUGUACGACAAGGAUAAGAACGGGUUGAUAUCGGCGAAGGAGUUGUAUACUGUGUUGAAGCGCUUGGGAGAGAAGUGUUCGCUCCAAGACUGCUCUCGGAUGAUCAACUCCGUCGAUGUCGACGGCGAUGGACACGUCAACUUUGAGGAGUUUAAGUUGAUGAUGACCAACGGCAAAGCUCCUUCCCGAUGAUUCUACUCUGUAUAAUCAAUAUUCUGUGCAUCUCAAUACAUCGAAUUACUCUUCUUCUUACAGGUUUCUUUCAAUUUCUAGGUUUUCAUUUGUUAUCUUUUUCUGCUCUUAGCUUCUUGUUGGUAAUGGUAACCUCUGUAACACGUUUGUUAGUGACCUGCUAGUAUUAGGGUUAGGGUUUUCACUUUUUGGUGUUUGAAUCUCUAAAACAGAAAUUCAUAACAAAAUCCGAUCCAAGUUAAUUCUUGAAA